UCUCACCGUCCGUCGGAUGGAAAACUUCGAUGCAUUUGCCCCUCACCACUCUGAUCUUGAACCACCGUUAUCUCGACUCACCAUCCGAGCUGCCAUCUUCCGCUCGGCAGCCAUCCUUUCUUUGCUUGGUUCGCGAACCGAUGACGAUCACUCGAAACCAAGUGAUAUAAUCCCCUAGGGCUACCGACCUCUGGGUCUUGUCUCCUCACGACUCACGACUGACGACACCCCAUAGGACAAACUCGUCCGUUCACGUACAGCAUCACACCCAACAAUGGCACCCUUCAAGACCCCCCAGAUCACCGUUCUCGGCUCCCUGAACAUCGAUCUGACGUCCUAUGUCCCCCACCACCCCCUGCCGGGCGAGACCCUCACCUCCAACUCCGUCGUCAUCUCUCCGGGAGGCAAGGGUGCGAACCAGGCCGUCGCCUGUGCCAAGCUCUCGCGCUCUCGCGAUGCCCCCAACGACACUGCCGCCGAGUCCGCUUCCGUUUCCAUGAUCGGCGCUGUCGGCAGCGACUCGUACGGCGACCUUCUCCUGAAGAACCUCGGCGAGCACGGCGUCCGCACCGACCGCAUCGCCGUUGGCGACGACCUCAAGACCGGCAUGGCCAUCAUCGUUGUAGACGAGCCUACCGGCCAAAACCGCAUCAUCCUCGCACCCGAAGCCAACCACGCCGUUACCCCGGACAAGUUCGGCGCCCUCCCUGAAACCCUCGAUCCCAAGCCCGACCUGCUGGUGAUGCAGCUUGAGGUGCCCCUCGAGACCGUCCUCGCCGCCCUGCGCUCCGCAAAGGCUGCCGCAGUCCCCGUCCUCCUAAACCCGGCCCCCGCCCAGCGUCUCCCCGACGAGGCAUAUGACGGACUGGCCCACCUCGUUGUCAACGAGACCGAGGCCGCCAUCCUCUCCGGCUGCGACGAGUCCGAGCUCGACACCCCCGAUGGCCUUAAGCGCGUCGGCGAGUGGUUCAUGGCCAAGAAGGUCCGCAACGUCAUCAUCACCCUUGGCGGCCGCGGCGUCUACUACACCAACCAGGACGGUGCCGCCGAGCUUGUCUCGGCACAGAAGGUCAAGGUCGUUGACACCACUGCCGCCGGCGACACCUUUGUCGGCUCUUACUGCGUUGCCGCCGUCAACGCCCAGGCCAAGGGCGAGGCCUUUGACAUCUCCGUGGCCAUUAUGAACGCCAACCGCGCCGCCGCCAAGACGGUCGAACGCAAGGGCGCGCAAACUUCCAUUCCUUGGAGGGAUGAGCUGCAGUAAG